CAAAAUGUUGACAGUCUUGCUCUGAGCGUAGUGUGAGGCAGGGAAAUAUGGCCGACGCGAAGGAGAAAGAAGAGCCGAAUCAGGCUCCAAGCAUCAAUCAUACUGCAGAUGGAGGUGAUUCAAAAAAUGAAGACGUUGGGCGCUCCAAAACCGAUGGUAGGGAGCUGACCAAAGAAGAGAAACAACGUUUGAGGAAAGAAAAAAAACAACAGAAGAAAGGCAAAAGUUCAAAGGAAGACAAGGGAUCAUCUGAGCAUGACCAAGGGAAAGGAAAGAAGCCUGUUGCCUUGCCUGAAUCACAGGUGGCAAGAAGUCCUCCACAGAAAGUUCCUGUCACGGUGCCUUCACUCACGCCUUCACCUGCAACAGCCGCUGGGCCCACAGCCCCAGCCCCUGAAGCCCCUGCUGCUGCCUCCUCCUCCUCCUCAGACAAGCCGACCAAGAGCAAAGCGGAGCUGAAGGCAGAGAGGCGGGCGCGACAGGAGGCAGAGCGGGCGUCCAAAGCCAAGAAGGGAGAGCCGGGCCAGCAGCCCUCCUCCAGCAAGAGCAAGGCGGUCCCCAGUGAGCUACAACCAGUGGUGAAGAGGUUACCAGAACAUGUCCAAGUUGAUGACCCUGCUGCUAUCAGAAAGCUGGCCAAGAAGCUGGAAAGACAACAGAUUCCUCUCAGGUCGGAUUAUGGGAACAAAGUCAGCCUGUUCUCCCAUCUGCACCAGUACAGCCGCAAUGCCCCCCUCACACAGCAAAUCAGCAUCCCUUCAACAGUAAUCCACCCGUCGAUCGUGCAGCUGGGUCUGCAGUACUCCCAGGGUAUUGUGGCUGGCUCUAAUGCUCGCUCAGUUGCACUAUUGCAUUCUUUCAAGCAGGUGAUCCAGGAUUACACUACGCCUCCAAACGAGGAGCUAUCCAGAGAUUUGGUCAACAAACUUAAACCUUACAUUAGUUUUCUCAAUCAAUGUCGCCCCCUGUCGGCUAGUAUGGGUAAUGCCAUUAAGUACAUCAAGAAGGAGAUUUCCAAUAUCUCCAGUCAAUGUAAAGAGGAAGAGGCUAAGAUACAAUUGCUGGAGUGUAUAGACACUUACAUCAAUGAGAAGAUCACGCUGGCUGCCAAAGUCAUCUCUGAGUAUGCUAUUGAGAAGAUCAGUGACGGGGACGUCAUUCUCAUUUAUGGAUGUUCCUCGCUCGUCAACCACAUUCUGUGUGAGGCCUUUGAGAAGAAGAGAAAGUUCAGGGUGGUGGUGGUUGACAGCCGGCCUCGGCUGGAGGGUCGAGAGGCGCUCAGGCGCCUGGUGAAAAGGGGCAUCAGCUGCACUUACGUUCUCAUCUCCGCUGUCUCCUACAUCCUGCCAGAGGUCUCCAAAGUCUUCUUAGGUGCCCAUGCGUUAUUGGCCAACGGAUAUGUGAUGUCGCGAGUGGGCACGUCUCAGAUUGCCCUGGUGGCCAAGGCCUGUAAUGUGCCAGUGCUGGUGUGCUGUGAGACAUACAAGUUCUGCGAACGAGUUCAGACCGACUCCUUUGUCUCCAACGAGCUUGAUGACCCUGAUGACCUCAUUGUGACUCGGAAGGGAAAGACGCAUCUACAGGACUGGCAGAGUGUGAAAUCUCUGGGUCUUCUCAACCUGGUGUAUGAUGUGACCCCGCCGGACUUUGUGGAUCUGGUCAUCACCGACCUGGGCAUGAUCCCUUGCACUUCAGUCCCAGUGGUCCUACGCGUUAAGAACGUGGACCAGUAAACGAAAGCGCCCAGGCAACAAGACCAAGCGACUGAUUGUGCUACGCCUCUGGCAUGAAAUAAAUAUAUAUAAAUAUA